GGAAGCCCCAUGACUGGGCAGCUUGGGGUGUGGCCAGGCCAGUGUGAAGAGUUCAGGACAAGUUCAGGGUGCUGGCCAAGCAGCGUCUGUGCCCUGUGACUCUGGGCCCAGCCCAGCCUGCCCUGUGCCUGUUCCCUCAGAUGUGUGACCACUCUGGACUCCUGUUCCGUGCUCCCCCUUACUCCUGGGUCCCUCUGGCUUUGGCAGUGGCCUCGGCAGGGGCCUGCCUCAGCCUUGGCUUCUUCCUGGGGGCUUGAGGCCCAAACCUGCUUCUCCAAGCUCUGCAGGUGUUCCUCCAUCUUCUGCUCAGCAGGUGGGGCUGGGCCUCCUAGGGCUCUGAGGUGCCCUAUGUGGGGGCCUUGACCAGGAGGUGCUGACCCCACAGGCUUUUUGAAAGGCCAAGGGUUGUCAUGGAGAUGGGGUGGGGGUGGCUCUGGGCUGCUCUCUGUCCUGCAACACCCAGGAUGGCCAGUUCUUGGAGUGAUGCUGCAUUGUGCCCUUGCUGAAUAGCUGUGGCCUUGAGACAUCAAGGAAGGCCUCACUGAGGCCAGCAGACCCUGGGGCAGGCCACAGGAAGAGCGGGUGCAAAGAUACAGGGUUGGAAAGUGUCCCAGGGUCCUACUGGGUGGAGACACAAGGUCUGUGGGGCAGCAGGGCCAUGCUGGGGCUGUGUGUGUCUGUGUGUCCAAAGGACUAAGGAGAGGGCUGCGGAGGGGUUGGCAGGCAGAGGUGAGGCCAGGAGGCCCUGUGGGGUCUGAGGUGGAGGAGAGCUUGGAUCUGCCUCCUGGGGGUGGGGAGUUCCUCCUGCUCCUCCUCCUGCUGCCCUCACACAUGAUUUUCUCACCAGACUGGGCCUGGCCUUCAGCUCCUGGGACAAGCCUGACCUGAAGUCUUCCUCUCAGUAGGGGCUGCAAGGACACUGUUCCUGCCACUGCCAGGGCAUCAGGAAGGGCAUUCAUGGAGUGGCCUAGCACAUGUCCCAAGAGAGGGACAGGGACCCCUAACACUGGACGUGCAUGAAACACACACAAAAAAAACCACCCAACAACUGGUGCAGGAGCAGCAACCAUCCAGCCACGUCUGACCUGACCCUCCAAGGGGACCCUGGCGCGGGCCCACCAGCGGUGCCGCCUGCUCCCUCCGCAGUCAGGAGUGGCUCGGGGGUGGCGGUGUCUAAAGGGGCUGGUUGCCAUGGCUACCAUAGGGUUCCGAGGCCGUCAUCUGGUCCCUGCCUCAGCCAAUCGGCGGUGGGAGCCCGAGCUGCAGCCUAGAGUCACGCUUCUUCCUUGCAGCCACACAGUGGCCAAGAGCAGGGACCCGCUUCCUGGAGUGGCUCAGAGUGCUCGGACGGACAGCCAGGCCCAGCAUGGCGGAGCGCGGGCCGGUGGGGCGGGAGCAGGCACACGGAGCCAGGCAGGGCGAGGGCCCCGAGGAGCCAGAGGCACGAGGGCCCUGUUCUGGUCCCAGGGCCUGGGGACAUCUGCCACCAUGGGCCAGGAGGAGGAUGGAUGUGGACACGACCCUGGGAGCCUGGCCUGGCCACAGCAGCAGCUCUGCAGAACCAAGGACAGAUUGAUUCACUUUGGAGCUGUAAGUACUGAUGUAUUAGGGUGCAGCGCUCAUUGUUCAUUGACGCACAGAGUCCCAAAAUGAAUAUCCAAGAGCAGGGUUUCCCCUUGGACCUCGGAGCAAGUUUCACCGAAGAUGCCCCCCGACCCCCAGUGCCUGGUGAGGAGGGUGAACUGGUGUCCACGGACCCCAGGCCCAUCAGCCACAGCUUCUGCUCUGGGAAAGGUGCCGGGAUUAAAGGUGAGACUUCAACAGCCACUCCGAGGCGCUCAGAUCUGGACCUGGGGUACGAGCCUGAGGGCAGCGCUUCGCCCACCCCUCCGUACUUGAAGUGGGCCGAGUCGCUGCACUCCCUACUGGAUGAUCAAGACGGGAUAAACCUGUUUAGAACUUUUCUGAAGCAGGAGGACUGUGCUGAUCUCCUGGACUUCUGGUUUGCCUGCAGCGGCUUUAGGAAACUGGAGCCCUGUGACUCGAAUGAGGAGAAGAGGCUGAAGCUGGCCAGAGCUAUCUACCGCAAGUACAUCCUCGAUAACAAUGGCAUUGUGUCCAGGCAGACCAAGCCAGCCACCAAGAGCUUCAUAAAGGACUGCAUCAUGAAGCAGCAGAUUGAUCCUGCCAUGUUCGACCAGGCCCAGACGGAAAUCCAGUCUACCAUGGAGGAGAACACCUACCCCUCGUUCCUCAAGUCCGAUAUUUAUUUGGAGUACACGAGGACAGGCUCAGAGAGCCCAAAGCUCUGCAGUGACCAGAGCUCCGGGUCGGGGACAGGGAAGGGAGUACCUGGAUACCUACCCACUUUGAACGAAGAUGAGGAAUGGAAAUGUGACCAAGACGUAGACGAAGACGAUGGCAGAGACCCUGCUCCCCCCGGCAGGCUCACGCAGAAGCUGCUUCUGGAAACCGCCGCCCCGAGGGCCUCCUCAAGUAGACGGUACAGCGAAGGCAGAGAGUUCAGGUGUGGAAGCCAGGCGUGGUCACAGAACCAGCCGAAGGCGGAGUGGGGCCGGUUCCUGCUGACGACGACGGGCAGGUAUGGAUCCUGGCGGGAGCCUGUCAACCCCUACUAUGUCAACUCCGGCUAUGCCCUCGCCCCAGCAACCAGCGCCAACGACAGUGAGCAGCAGAGCCUGUCCAGCGAUGCUGACAGCCUGUCCCUCACCGACAGCAGCGUGGAUGGAGUCCCACCUUACAGGAUCCGCAAGCAGCACCGCCGGGAGAUGCAGGAGAGCGUCCAGGUCAACGGGCGCGUGCCUCUACCUCACAUUCCUCGCACGUACCGAAUGCCAAAGGAAGUCCGUGUGGAGCCCCAGAAGUUUGCCGCAGAGCUCAUCCACCGCCUGGAGGCUGUGCAGCGGACGCGGGAGGCCGAGGAGAAGCUGGAGGAGCGGCUGAAGCGCGUCCGGAUGGAGGAAGAAGGUGAGGAUGGUGAUGUGUCCUCUGGCCCCCCAGGGGCCAGUCAUAAGCUGCCUUCAGCCCCGGCCUGGCACCACUUCCCACCCCGCUAUGCGGAUAUGAGCUGUGUGGGGCUGCGGGAUGCACACGAGGAGAACCCGGAGAGCAUCCUGGACGAGCAUGUGCAGCGAGUCAUGAGGACACCGGGCUGCCAGUCACCAGGGCCCGGCCACCGCUCCCCGGACAGUGCGCACAUGCCCAAGAUGGGAGCGCUAGGAGGCACGGUGCCCGGGCACGGAAAGCACGUGCCCAAGUCGGGGGCGAAGCUGGACACAGCUGGCCUGCACCUCCACAGACACGGCCACCACCACGGCCACCAUGGCUCAGCUAGGCCCAAGGAGCCUGCCGAGGCCGAGGCCUCCCGCCGGGUCCAGAGCAGCUUCGCGUGGGGCCCAGAGCUGCACGGCCACGCGGCCAAGCCCCGAAGCCACGUGGAGAGCAUGGGCGCCGCCCCCACCACCAGUGACAGCCUGGCCUACAGCGGGAAGGCAAGCAUGACCUCCAAAAGAAACUCCAAGAAGGCUGAGUCGGGGAAGAGCACCAGCGUGGAGGCGCCAGGCCCCUCUGAGGAUGCAGAGAAGAACCAGAAAAUCAUGCAGUGGAUCAUCGAGGGCGAGAAGGAGAUCAGCAGGCACCGGAAGGCUGGCCACGGGUCGUCCGGGGCAAAAAAGCAGCAGGCCCACGAGAGCUCCCGGCCCUUGUCCAUCGAGCGCCCCGGGGCCGUGCACCCCUGGGUCAGCGCCCAGCUCCGGACCUCCGUGCAGCCCUCGCAUCUCUUCAUCCAGGACCCCACGAUGCCGCCCAACCCGGCCCCCAACCCUCUGACGCAGCUGGAGGAGGCCCGCCGGCGCCUGGAGGAGGAGGAGAAGAGGGCCAGCAAGGCGCCCUCGAGGCAGAGGUAUGUGCAGGAGGUCAUCCAGCGGGGGCGCUCCUGUGUCAGGCCAGCGUGCACGCCCGUGCUGAGCGUGGUGCCAGCGGUGUCCGACCUGGAGCUCUCCGAGACAGAGACAAAAUCGCAGAGGAAGGCAGGCGGUGGGAGUGCCCAGUCGUGUGACAGCAUCGUCGUGGCCUACUAUUUCUGUGGGGAGCCCAUCCCCUACCGGACCCUGGUGAGGGGCCGUGCGGUCACCCUGGGCCAGUUCAAGGAGCUGCUGACCAAGAAAGGCAACUACAGAUACUACUUCAAGAAGGUGAGCGAUGAGUUCGAAUGCGGUGUGGUGUUCGAGGAGGUGCGUGAGGAUGGGGCCGUGCUGCCCGUCUUCGAGGAGAAGGUCAUCGGCAAGGUGGAGAAGGUGGACUGACGGGCGGGCCUGGCCUCCGUGCUGCGCACCACGAGGGCCUGUGCCGGGUUGCAAGAGUGUGGCAGACACACGGCUGCUGGCGGAAGGCCAGGUGCUGCCCGCUUCACAGCUGCCGCCCCUUUGGUCCAUCUGUGUCCAGGAGGGCGGGGGGUCCCUCUGGGGUCCCACAGGCUUCCACCCACUCCUCUGCAGGACACUCAAGAGCCCACCCAGCAGGGAGCCCACCAUGGGGCCGCCUUGAGACCCUCCCCCGCGGCCCCCUGCUGCUAACCACGGACGCCCCCGGCGCUCACCCCACAGGCUCUGCUUCUCCUUCUGGGACUCGCCCGCCAUGGCCUGCCCUGGUCAGGCCUGUCCCAGAGCCGGGGUGCAGGGGGCCCCGUGGGGCCUCUGUCCAUUGUACAUGUCACCGAGUGCCUUCAACACAGCUUGUCUCUUGCCUCACUGUGUGGACCCGGCGACGGAGCACCGAGGCCCAAGCGUGGGCUCAGCGGGUCCCGGGCCCCUUCCUCCUAAGGGCCCAUGUAAAUAUGUACAUUUCUCAGGCCUGGGCCAGCGGGGAGGGGCUGCCCCAAGCCCGUUUUUCAUGCGCUGACUUGUACAAUUAUCUUUUCAAAGGUACUUGGAUAAUAAUGAAAUA